UCACACUCUCUCAUAUUACUUCCACUCUUUUUCUCACCCUCUCUGUAUUACUACUACUACUACCACUCCAACCAUUUCUCUUCACUCUCUCUCUCUCUCAUUGUAUUUGUUCCACACUCUGUCUCAGUUGCUGCUGCUACUCCUCCCAAACUCUCCCCUCUAACUCCUUCCCUCUCUCUUUUUCUCCCUCCCUCCCUUCCUCACACUGUCUCUGUAUCCCCCAGUUUGACAUCCGGGUAUCGUCAGAGCGGCUACCCCGCGUGGAGACGGUUUUUUUACCGCCAUUUGCAACCGAAGCAAGUGGUUUUCUGUGGAGAGACGUUUGGACUCGACGCGCUUUUUUUCUCGGUGGUGUUUUGAAAAUAAUGAACGGGGAUUUCCUGUCGUCUGGAACAAAGAGAGGAUCGGAAGAACUUAUGUCCCACAGCCCAAUGGUUACGAACGGGACCGGGAUGAGCCCCCACCACGUGGAUAGUGCAGAUAUGAACAAUGAUGCCAAAAAGGUAAAAUUGGAGCAGAGCCAGGCAGCUACAGUGUCUAAAGUUGUUCAUCUGCGUGGUCUACCAAUAGAGGCAUCUGACCAAGAUGUUAUUCCUCUUGGCAUACCUUUUGGCCGCAUAACCAAUUUUCUACUCUUGAAGCAAAAGAAUCAGGCUUUCAUGGAAUUCUCAGACGAGAGACAAGCAGAAUCAAUGGUGUUAUAUUACACAAACGACAAACCUAGAGUACGCAACAAAGAUGUCUAUGUCCAGUUUUCCAACCACAAGGAGUUGAAAAUAGACGUAGCACAUCCUUAUCAAAACACAAAUACUCAAGCAGCUCUGCAGGCUGCGCAGGCCAUCAUGGGAAGUCCAGAGGAAAUGAACAAGACCAUUCUGAGAGUUAUUAUAGAUAACAUGGUGUUCCAAAUCAACAUAGACAUUCUGUAUCAGAUAUUUUGCAAAUUUGGGACGAUUCAGAAGAUUAUUACAUUCACAAAAAAUAAUACCUAUCAGGCCGUCAUACAGUUUAGUGACCCAGUCAGUGCAAGAAGUGCCCGAAUGACUUUGGAUGGUCAGAACAUUUACAACGGGUGCUGUACGAUGAGGAUUGACUACUCAAAAAUGACGAGUCUCAAUGUAAAGUACAAUAACGAGAAGAGCCGAGACUACACCAAUCCCAGCCUCCCUGCUGGUGAUGCUUCCGUGGAUCAGGCUUUGACUUUUGGUUCCCCUGGUGUGUUGUCGUCGACUAUUGCAGCUGUGCCUGGCCUAGGAACUGCCCCACUAACCACAUUUGGUGCCGCACCCGGAACUACGCUGCUUUCUGACCCCAGUCAGCAGUAUAUUGGUGCUGAUAUGCAGAUCUGCACUUCUGCUCCCGGAGUGGGUCCGCCAGCUGUACCGAUGUCUGGCUUUGGUUUGACUGCUGCAGGUAUGGGUGCUGCACGGCUCAGUAUGCCCUUACAAUCUCAAGCUGGUAACUGUGUGCUCUUGGUUUCCAAUCUGGAUGAAGAGAUGGUCACGCCCGACGUUCUUUUUACCCUUUUUGGUGUGUACGGUGAUGUGCAACGCGUGAAAAUCCUUUUCAACAAGAAGGAUAAUGCACUGGUACAAAUGGCAGAGCCUCACCAUGCUCAAUUAGCCAAAACUUACCUGGAUAAGCUGACUUUGUAUGGCAAACAGAUCAGGGUGGCUCCCUCCAAACACACAGUGGUCCAGAUGCCCAAGGAAGGCCAGCAGGUAGAUUCCGGCUUAACAAGAGACUACACAAAUUCCCCACUCCACAGAUUCAAGCGACCUGGCUCGAAGAACUGUCAGAAUAUAUUUCCCCCCUCAGCAGUUUUGCAUUUAUCUAACAUUCCAUCUAAUGUUCCUGAAGAACAGCUCAAAGAUAUGUUUGCUGAAUAUGGCACUGUAAAAGGGUUCAAAUUCUUUCCGAAAGACAGGAAAAUGGCCCUCAUCCAAAUGGGAUCCAUUGAAGAAGCUGUGAAAGCUCUUAUUUGCCUCCACAACUAUCCUUUGAGUGAAAGCAAUCAUUUGCGUGUUUCAUUUUCCAAGUCGACGAUUUGAGGCUCUGAGGGUGGUUGUUGCGAGUGGCAGAUGGAGCAGAGUGGUGCCAUCACCCCAGCAGCUGUUGAGCCCAGGAUUUGUGCCACUGCACUACAGCAGAAACAUGACCAAGAAGAGCCACCAGAAGCAGCACUUGUAAAACAAACACAUUUGCCAGUGCUCUUACACACACACACAUAAAUACACAAACACAACCACACACACACACGCACAUAUACAUGUAUACGCCAUUUUCAUACCACAGACCUGUCCUCAUUUGUUUGCUUGCUCACUUAAAAGUUUUCCACUUUGCUGUGAAAUUAAUCUAGCUGAUAAGUGCCUUGUUGAAUCCAAGGAUUUGCCCCUCCCCUCCAAAAAGAAAAUAUUAUAAA